AUGGCGCUGGACACUCCGAGUCAGCUCGGCAACACAGAAACAUCCGUCAAUACCACCGCCACGUCGGUAGCCCAUGGACUCAUGGACCUGUCUCGAUGUGUGCUGGACGCCAGCGUGGCGCUGCCCAAACAGCUCUUGAAUGCUUACAUCUACGAUUUUUUGAUCAAAAACACCUUGCCCCAGACAGCCCGUCUGUUUGUGUGCGAGGCCGAUGUUCCGUCGAUUCCUUACGACCAGUCUCACCUGCCCUCCAAGGCCCUGCCCCUCAUGCCCCUGACACCUCGCCAACAGGCCAACCAGCUCCUGGAAGAGCACCAUUUGCCUCGCUUGGCCUUGAGUAUGGAUGCUCCGCAGGGCUUCUUGUUUGAGUGGUGGCAGGUCUUUUGGGAUGUGCUCCAGGCGAAAAAUGAGCGUUCUCCUUCGGCCUUGGCCUCCAACUACUACCAUAUGCUGCUUGCCAAGCAGCGGCAACAGCAAGAAGCUCUGGGCAUGGAGUAUAGCCAGUACCAGCCCCAGAUGGGCCAACCACAGUUUCCACUGCAGUUCCCACUGGACAGUCAGGUCCCCGGCCAGGCUCCCGUCAUAAUGGGUCCUCAAGGCCCUGUCAAUCAGCAGAGACAGUUUUCUGACGCCCGCCAGCAGCAAAGGCUCAUGAUGUCGAUGAUGAUGAAGCAACAGCAGCAACAACAACAACAGCAGCAGCAACAACAACAUCAACACCAACAACAUCAACAACAGCAACAACAGCAGCCUCAACAGCAGCAACAAAAUCACCAAAAUCAGCAACAACCUCAACAACCACAUCAGCAGCAGCAACAGCAUCAACAGCAACAGCAGCAGCAGCAUCAACAACACCCUCAAAGUCAGGACCCUAAUUUCGCAAACAACAUGAACAGAGCUGCCAUGAACGUUGCAAAUGGUAUGCAAAUGCCCAUGGGUGGAAACGGUUCGCAAAUGCAAAUGGGUAUGAACAUGAACAUGGGCAUGCCACAGCAGAUGAUGAUGCCUCAACAGCAGGGACUUCUACCCCAGCAUCUACAGCAACCGCAACUUCAACAGUCGCCUCACCAGACUCCACAGCAGCAUGUUCAAUCCCAGAUGCACAGUUUACGUCAACAGGCCGUUUCCGCUCAUCAGCAGCCCAAGCAAGGUCAACAGCUACCGCAGCAGCCCGGUCAACAACAAGCAGCCGCCGCUGCCGUAGCCGCCGCUGCUGCCGCUGCAUCUCAGUCACAGUCUCAGGAUGAUAAUAUGGGUAAUGGUGCCAAGGGCAAACAAGCUAGACCUAUCAGACCUCAGCUGAGAUCCGCAAGUGGUAUGCAACACCAAUUUGCUCCUCAGGGCAAUGGUGGUAUGUCACCCAUGAACUAUUCAGGCCAGGUGCUUCGGCAAGGACAGAACGGUGGCAAUUCUGGCAUGGAGCAAAACCAAGGCAACCAGCAGAAUCGUAACACCAGUGCCUUACAGGACUACCAGAUGCAGCUCAUGCUUUUGGAGAAGCAAAACAAGAAGCGUCUUGAUAUUGCCCGCAACAGCAGUGCUGGCGACCUUAAUUCAAUGCCUCAGAUGCAACAGGUCCAAGAUGGCAACGUCAUGCAGCCAAACAUGCAGAAUGCUCCUCCAAAGGCCUCACCAGCCCCUUCACCAGUUCUCAACAACAAGAACCUGCCUUCCGGAGCGAAAAACAAGCGUGCUCAGCCUGCGAAGAAGAACAGUAAGGUCGGUCCUCCAAGUGCCGCUAAUAAUGCUAGAAGCAACGUGGCCGGUGGCAUUAAGAGAGAGAACGCUGCUCCUCUAACACCUGCCGCUGAUGCUGACUUCUCCAACAAGAAGAGAAAGAGUUCGACAAGUGAUUCUCCUGCCAAGAAGAACAACAAGGCCGGUGUAAAGAAGGAAGACGAGAAGAAGGUCAAGCCUUCUGAUAAGUCGGAAGCUCUGCUUAUCGAAGAGAUUGAUCUCGACAAGAAGACUGAUAUGGGUCCCGACGAUGAUAAAUUUCAAGGCUCCUCGGCAUACUUCCACAGCUCUUUGGGCGGUAAUGAGAAACUUGUUUUGGGUGGUGCCACGGCAGGCGACACCAAUUUCUUUAAUUCUGCCGUCACUUCUGGUAUGGACGAUGUUGACUUUGAGUUCAACAACUUCUUGGACUCUGCUGACGCUGGUCUCAAUGAUAGCAUCACGGGCUUCAAUUGGGGAAACCCCAUCGAAGGUGGCGAUUAA